CAUGGAUGUCGAGGUCGUAAUUUGUUGUUCUUUUGCCUUUCGUCGUGUAUAGGAAUUUAGCCAUUUUCUCGGGCAAUGACGAGAUAAGAGCUUCGUAAGAGGUGCUCCUCUAACUUUUCGUUGAAGAUGGCGAUGGAGAAGCUAGCGGUGAUUAAAGAUACCCACAAUAAAACGAUCACAGCGCUAUCGUACAAUCCGAUGAAACAUGAGAUUCUUGUGGGAUUUGAAGGUAGUAUGACAGGAAAUACGAUACUUACUGAAAUUUCAAAUGCUUUUUUAGCGACCGAUAAGCCUGGUGCCCCAUAAAGCUUCAGUGAAGCCAGUUAUGUCGAUCUAAGCUGCUUUCUUUAUAGACUUUAAAUACUAUAUGACUUCAAAUUGUGACCUUUUUUUAGACUUAAUCUACCUUGGAGUUGUAAUUAUCCUUUUCAGCGCAGUUCAUUGUUUUGUUUUCAAACUAAUCUCAGGAUAAACAUGCUGUCCAAAUAAGCUACCACUAUGAUUAUGUUCCUGUGUGUUUUCAUCACAUCACAACCUUAAAAAUACUUUCCAUACUUUUUUACAGUUACCUAUAAUAAUCCAAAUAUGGUUUACAUGGGCUGUAAAACGGGGGUAAACUGCAAUUUAAACUUUCAUGAGUUAUUUUAUCUCUCUUGUUAUAUCCAUUUUGAAAUCAUUGGUUAUCCUUGCAAUCUGAUUGGCUUUCAUCAGUAGAAUUUAUUCACAAAUUGCACCAUUUUUUGCUUUAAAUUGCACGUUUUUCCAAGCCAAUGAGAUUUAGCUUUCUUAAUCAUCUAUAUCAGCAGCCACUCCAGAAAUAGUUAACACCUGCUCUAAUAGAGAGAGUUUUAAAGUCUCAAAAUGUGUACAUUAUUUGCAGAGUUAACAGAUAAGAACAGGUGAUCAGUUUAUAACAAGAUCACUUAAUAAGUCAGUGUUUGUUUAAUCUGUUUGUAGAUGGAGUGAUCAAAGUGUGGGACUACUCCACUGGUGAGCCUGGGAAAAUUAUUCGCUCUGUUCGUGAACAUGAUGGCUGGGUUACAAGCUUUUUAUUCUGGUCAGUGCCAAGGUCAACUUUUGCAUGAUCUCAAUUGUUAAAAGGGUCAUGCUACUUUUCAGUGACAAAGUUCUUACAAUUUGCUAUAUGCAUUGUACUUAUGUAGCACUUAACAUAACAGAAUAAACUCACCGAGCAACACUGACAGAGUAUGAACUCAACCAAUCAAAAUAGUGUAGCAUGACAGUUAUAAUAAUUCAUAAUAUGCCAUAAUUUUUUCCUACAACAGGGGAGAUGCAAAACUUCUCUUUUCGGCAGCAAAUGAUGGCACUAUUAUAGCUUGGGGCUCUGGAGGUGCAGUACAUGAUAGGAUUCCAGUAAGUUUGAAUAUAUUUAAAGGUGUUUUUUUUAGCAACUAAUUUGCUUGUUAUUUUAUAAAGAAAUAAAAUAUUACAAUGAGUUGUAAGUUGAUAGGCUUUCAGUCAAUUUUUCCUCUAGUAUUACAACAUUCUGUCUUUGGAAAAUCAGUGGCAAUGGGGCUGUACAUAACUAGGUUAUUUUCCUCAAUGAUAAUCAUGUAAGAUUUUUCUUUAUUGGUUGAUUAGAAGAGUCUAGUUAUUUACUCAAACAAAAUGCUUAAGUUGAUAGUAUUCUUAAUCAAUGUUACCUAUUUUCCUGACAGUAUAUGAAAUAUUUGAGGAUAAUAAUUAUUAUUUAUGUCUAAUUAUAUUGCAAAGAGUCAAAGUGGUAAAAAAUUAAAAGGUAGUUGUUCUGACUCCUUGUGGUGAUCCAUCAGUGAUUUCUCCCUUCAGUAUGAAUAUAUUGACAAGUAAACAGGUAAUGAGAAUUUCAAGAUAUAAAAUGUGGAUAUUAUUUGAUUUAUUUAACUCCAAUUUCUCAGAACUAACAUCAUAAGAGAGGUUUGACAGACAGUAGAGAGAAUUUGAUAUCUCAAGAGUGAAAGUGAAAGUGAGCAGGUAAACAGAGAAAGAGAGCUGUCUAUUUAUUUAAUGAAUUUUUUACCAUUAUUCUUUUAGAUUGGAUCUCCAGUGUACUGUAUGGCAUGGAAUGUAAGGAGAAACCAAAUAGUUGCAGCUGUGGAUUCAACAGUUCAAGUAUUCAACAUGAGAGAUCCAGGUAAUUUUAUGAAUAAGAAGAAAAUUAAUGAUCAUCUGGCCCAUUCUACCCUGCUAGUGUUUUGAUAGUCUGUAAGUCGUGACCCAAAACCAGAUAUUUUCCCUUUAAGCCCUCCCUCCUAGUUAAUUGGUUCACCUCAAUUGAACUCUUGGAAGGGAUGUUUUAAUUUUCCUUUUUAAAAACUUAUUAAGCUUUUUGAGAUCCCCAGCCCCUUCCAUCCCCCUCUCCUUCCAUUCCUCCUCCAUCUCCCAUCUCCCACCACCCCCCUUCCAUGACCCCUCCAUCCCUCUCCAUCUCCCCUUCAUGUACCCAUCUUCCUCCAUCCCCUAUCCCCCCCCCUUCUGAUACCUCCCAAACUAUGACUAUGACCCUCCUUAGGGUGGGUAUGUGGGUAUUUCCUUUGCUCAUUUUUUAAUUAAUUAUUAUUGAUUGAAGCUUACUGCUAAUUGUAGUACUUUCAUUCAUUUUGGAUUUCAGGCAGAGAAAUUGGACAUGUAAUAGACACAAAGGGUAGGCUGGUACAUUUAUGAUAUUAGACAGUAAUUUGGAGAAAUCAUGUUAUUAUAAAGUACUAUCUUUUUGUAUUCUAUUUACACUCAUGAUGCUUUCAACAUUGCUGAUCCUAGCAGUGUGUAGGAUUUGUCACAUAUGAUCCUGCUGACAGCCUUUCUCUCCCUCAAGUUCUCUGUACUUGUAGCCCAGAAGUAAAGCAUGGAAGUGCAGAAUGCUAAGGUCUGGGGCUUGAUUCCUGAUAAGGACUUAAAUCUUUUUCUUUCUCUUUUGUUCAUGGUGAGACAAGUAACAUCUUUUUUAAGUUUAGUGUUCUUCGUAAUAGUUCAGCUACUAAUUUGUAUAUCUUUUUCAGCCUAUGUCUGUAAGGAACAUUCAGAUCUUGUGAAAUGUGUAGUUUGUCAUGAAUCAAGAGUUUACAGUGGAGGGUAUGUUUAGAUUGAAUAACAUUUAACUAACAUUACAGAAAGCCAAAACCUGUGUUGUUGAAGGUUUACUUAGAGAAAGAGAAAUGUUAGACUUUUCAAAAACACAGGAAGAUUUCACAGAAGAUAUGUAAAUUUUUAUACAUUUUAAAGGACGUAGUUUAAGAUUGAAAUAUUCAUAACCUAUAACUCCAUUGUAAACUACAUUUAAUUUUGACAAACAAACUACAGAACUAUAUUGACAGGUGAACUGUUGAAAUGUGUAGUCACCUGAAAAAUUACAACAUAUAAUCCCAAUAAGUUUCACCCUACUUUGAUCUUUUUACCCUUUGACCUCCAAGAGUGAUAAGCAUCUUAUUUCUCCUCACAUUAUCUCCCCUGAAUUAUACAUUAGGGUUAUGAGAAUACAGGAGAUGAUCACCAACUGAAAAAGCUUUUGAUUGUUAAACAAAUUCUCCUUGUCAGCACCUGAGGAAAUGUAUGUAGAAUAGUAUGGAGAAUAUCAAUCAAGUGCAGCUAACUGAUGUUAGGGUGUGAAGGGUUAAAUGUUAUUUUUCAAUCUUCCAAACUGCAUAAUUCUACAAAGUAGUCUUUGAGUAUCAGAGUUACUGGACAGUGUUUGCUCAGAUUGUAUGUGUUUUAUCAAUGUAUUUUACAGGUAUGACCAGAAGUUAGUUGUUUACGAUUCCACUUUUUCAUACAAAGGAAACAAGAGUUUAUCAGUCGUAACAAAGUAAGGUUUGAAAAUCAUUCAAUUUCAAGCUUGUAGACCAUGAUAGAUAACCUUUUUUCUGGUAGCUCCCUCCUUUCUGUACUUCAGAUGCUUACAAUUUCAGGUUGUGUCAGUCUUGCAUUCUUGAGACACAUUUCAACAUGAUCUGACUCUGAAAUAGAGUUCAAAGUUAUAGGCCGAAAUAUUGCAUUAAAGUAGGAAAUAAACUUGGCCACAAUUUCGAUUCUGAGGUUUUUCCUAAUGUGCUGAUCAGAGCAAAAAAUAAAUGAAUAUUUAGCAACACUUUAAAAAUGUUAUUUAUCACCAAUAACUUUUCAUAGCUUAUGACUGCAGGAUUAGAUUCUGUGCAUAUAUUUAAAAUGUAUAGCAUAAUUAUGCAAGCUUUGAUUAGUAUGAUCAUACAUUCUGCAAAUUUUUUUUCAGGGUAAACAAAGCACAUGAUGCAGGAAUAAUCUGCAUGUGCCUGGCACGAGACUCAGACAACAAUACAUGGUAAGUUACAGACUUCGUACAUAAUAUAUAGAUUUAGCCAAGCCUAAAAGUGGAGCUCGCAUUUUUUUUUCCUGCACAUCUCAAGGGCACAAUGCUUUGCCCCGGCCAGGACUAGAACCUGGAUCGUCCAACUCGGAGCCCAGUGCACUGACCACUGGACUACUGAACAAAGCUGUGGCGUUGGUGUGCUCGCAAUACAGUUGACCACACAUGUUAAAAGUAGCACCUUGUACGGUCGUACAUCCAAAUUUUUUCGGCUUGAUGGGUUACUACUAUUUUUUAUAAUUAUGGGGCUACACUGUGCGAGCUCCGCUGUAAAUGGGAAAUUAAUCAGGGCAUCUUGUCAAUUUCACUUUUUAAUUUUGAAUAAGACUUGUCACCUAUCUAAUUUUGGUUGUGUUUGAGUAAAUAAGUUGUUGCCAUUUAUUGAAUGCACAAUGUAUGAGCAACCUUUUUGUUGAAUUUUUUCAGGGUGUUAAGUGGUGCUUUUGAUAAGGUUGUUAAAGUUUGGUCUCAAGAUGGACAAGUUAUGCAUAAAUUUGAUGGGUUCAGGUACAAGAUCUAAAACAAAAUGAAUUCUUCUAACUGAUGACAGUACAUUUUACGGUUGGCCUUUACUGAGAAUUUCAUUUCAAUUGUGUAGUAAAGAACAAUAUCCCUUAUUUGAUGAAUUCUUUGUUCUUAGAAACUGUCUUUUUAACAAAUAACUAAAACUUAGGAGUGUCAGGAUCACCUAUUUUUCAAAGAUCCUGAUUUUGACAGAAACAUUUAAGUGGUGUCAAUUAAUUUGACUUUGAACCAGAUAUGUACUUAAGCAAGUCUUUGUACAUCUCUUUUGCAUUAUUACCAGAUACCCUCUGUCAGAAAAAAAUAACUGUAUCUAAACAGCGACUGACAUAAAGUUUAAUGUCUCUGAUUUUUUGUUUACUGGACUGUUUUGCUGUUUGCAGUACUGCAGUUACUGGAGUCUGUUAUGUUAGACCAAUCAAGACUAUCUGGGCAGCAGCAGGCACUGCUGAAGCUGCUAUGUAUGAUCCAAAAUCAGGAGAAAAUGUGAGUCAGUGGUACAAUUCUUUAUUUGCUUUUUGACAGCUCAAAGUAACUACACAUGAUAUUUUAAAUGGUUUUGUGAAACAAGAAAAAUUCAAGAGAAGGUUCAGUCACCUUAAAUCUUCAAAAUUUAAGGUGGCACUCUUGUUAAAGAAUGAAUCAUCAUAUGCCAUUUGUGAUUUUUGGAUGAAAAAUGGGGUCACCUGGUUGACUAGUGAAUUACAGUAGGUUGAAAUUAAGGGUGUUUUAAGAGACUAUAGCGUUGCUAUGGCUGCCUAUAAUUUAUGUCAAAAAGUGGUUAAUACUUGUUUGCUAAAGAUUGGGCUUUUCUUUACAACUUGAUCAAGAAGACAAAGGAUUUUAGAAUUGUGACAGUAUUUACAGUUUGUUACCAAAGAAUUGAUGUCAUAACUUGAUGAAAGCAAGAAUGGCUAUGAGCUACCUUAAUUGAAUAUUUCUCAGAAAGACAGGAAAGGUCAUCCCCAGAGAGCAGUCUGCCCUCUCCCUCCACUUCCUCCUAUCCUUUCACUUUGUCCCAUCCUUCCCCUCCCUCUUCUUCCUCCCCUCCCUCCCCUCUCUUUGUAAAAUUACUCAUUAACACCUUGUUAAUAUGCUAUUACACAACCUUUUUAUUUUAUCAAGCUGAAGUGAAAUGAGAAUGCUUGAGGUGAACAAGAUUCACAUCUCUUGCAGGUGACAGAUUUCAUAGGAACGUUUCAAGAUGAGGAAAGUAAUGGGUAGGAGAGAUUAACACUUUGAUCCCUAAGAGUGACUAGCAUCUAAAUUCUCCUUACAAUAUCACCCCUGAAAAAAAAACAUUAAGGUCAUGAGAAUAAAGGAUAUGAUCACCAAAUAAGGAAGCUCUUGAUUAUUCAAGAAAUUCUCCUUGUCAGCACCUUAGUAAAUGUGUAGAGAACAACAUGGAGAAUUUGUCUGCUGAUAUUAGGGUGUAAAGGGUUGAUGCAAAGUUAAGAGGUUCAUUCCCAAUCACAUGUCACUGCCUUGAGAACUCAAAUUUCAGAUAAAAAUGUCUAUAUUUAUACAAUUAGGAACAAUUUAUUUGUAUUGGUGAAAGUGUUCUGGUCGUUAGUUGUGGAGUGUUUUCCCAUCUUGAAUUUGUUUCAUCCUUUUUUUUCUAGUUUUCCUCUGGUGUUAUUUCACUAUAUCUCUGACUUAGGACACGUAAUAGGUAGGUGCUCUGCAUAUCUUUUAACUCACUCAGACUCUAGGAGAUUGUCAGAAAUUGUAAGCCACUAAACACUGGUGAAAAAUGAGCAGUAAGAUGCACUUCCAUUUAGAGUCUUCUCUGUUUCCAUUUGGGUUUCUGAGCUUGUAAUCUCUGAUUAUUAUUCAUAACUGGCUGCAAAUUGUAAAGGGCAGCUCAGUAAAAAUGAUAUUUUUACUGUGUAAGGGGCUAGGGCGUGGGCAAGAUUUUCUUGAGGAAGGAGGGUAGGUCUUGGAGUGACAGCUCACUGGCAGUAAGGGGAAUGCCAGAUUGUUUUAUUGUUAUAAGUUAUCAUUUUUUCUUGACAAGGGGAUGUCAAAUGCACCACAAGGCUCUCUCCCAUCAGCUAUGCUUUAGAAGCAAACUGGAGGGGAGAGGGGCUUGUUUUUUUUUAAUUCCUGCGUGACAACUUUGUUCCCACAACCUGAAAGCACGCUAAGUAGACGCAACAAACUUCGCACAUGCGCAGUAGUUUGACAGCUGAGUUUAACAAACCCAUUGAGUAACAGUUAGGGAGAACCUGUACCUAGGACCACAGGACCCCCAUUAUGUCUUUGUGAGUUGUGAUGCAUAUGAUUUAUAAUUUAACACUUGAAAUCCUUUAGGAACAAACAGCAGGCGACAUCUGAUUGUGUGGAAAUACAAUUCAUCUGGAUGUUUAACAACACUGAAGAACAAGUGCGCAAUGGAGUCUCUUACUUACAGUACGUAAUUUCACGUUCCAUAUUGAGAUUUUCUGUGGAUAACAACUGAACUAAUAUUUGUCAAAAGAUGAAACCAGUAACCUAGCUCAACGAGGAGUAAUUUGCAGCUCAGUGGGAGAGUAUCGUAACGCGGACUCUGAUAGUUCUAGGUUCGAUUCCUCCUAGGGGCUCAGUAAAUUUCUUUGUCCCAUGCUGAUGUCGAGGCGAAAAAAAACAUCCUUCUAUAGAUGUCAACAACUUCCGGCAACUUACAAACUUACAGACGAAAUUAACCCUUUACACCCAAAAAUCAGUUAGCACAUUUUUCAAACUGUUCUAUGGUGCUGACAAGAAAACUUGUUCCCUGAUACCUUACACAUGAUAUGCUAUGUAACAUUUAAAGUUUGCUUAUUCUUAGCCAUGCUAGGUCACUUAUAUCAUUAUUUUUCGAAAUUUUUUCCAGCACGGAAAGUUCCUCUUUUGAUAUUCAGUGGAGGUAGUAAUGGUCACGUGUCCAAGUGGGAACGACUUCAGUCAAACAAUUUCAUGUACAGGUAAAUAAAGAUCAUCCUCGCUCUCCCCUCCCUGAAUGUUAUACUCGAAAAUUUAAAAACAUAUUAAAUAAAUGAACGAAUAAUGAAUAAAAAAUGAAGUGAAAUGAAUGAAUUUAUGAAGAAAUGGAUUUAUAGAUAGAUUCACAGAAAGGGAGAUAUUUUACGAAAUUUUUGUUCAUCGGUUUAUUUUUUUCUUUGUCGGACUCGAGUAAGAGCCACGAGUUUAAAAUGUGAUGUAUGCUAUUAAAAGUAAUAUUUUUUGUGACUUUUCAAUUUUGAUGGGAUGUUUGACAAAUAUAGAGGCCAUCGCGCUAUCACUGGACAUCAUUCGAGCUCUCCUGUGAUUUUCCUUUUGCAUGUUUUUGUUGCGUAUUUAUUCAUAAGAGAAAUCUGCACGAUGUACUCGAAAACUCUUCGGUCGAUCUAAAGGAAACCUCGGAAGUCUUCGUGUAAUCUCCGGAAAUGGUCUUGACGUCAUAAGAUUUGUAAUAUCCAUGCUCUGUGUGUUUUCGUCUACAGCAAAGAGAUAUUCUUACAGAGUGAAGCUAAGUCUCGCUUAGCAGCUCAGAUCGCAGCCAAGUUCGAUUGGCGCAGUCCAAACAGGAGUGCCAGUAGUGAAAACAGGCCAAGACCUUCCUUCCUAAAUACUAUAAACCAGGUAUUUAUCCGACAAGUAACUUUAAAAAGAGGUUUAAAGUCAAGCUGGCUCGUAAAACCAAUCCUGGUGUCGGUUAUCCCAUUGUCAGAAGCAUGAAGCGUCUAAGACUAUUGCUACUCCUAUUGGACGUUAGUCCAUCGCAAGUUUUUUCGGUUUCAUUUGUACUUCUGGGCAGAGAGAAGCGUGGUGAGAGUUAAGUGUCUUGCCUCAGAAACACAACACAAUGACCCUAGCUGGAGUCCAGCGGGCAAACUACGUGAACACCGUGUCGCCCACAACAUGCUACUUACGUUUGUUAUUAGAAGUUUUACUAAAAUUAUUUGGAUUAUUAGUGACUAAAGAAAACUAACCUCUCCAGAUACCCGCCACAAAAGAACUUGAUAGUAAUUUACCGAACUGAACAACAGUCACUUACAAAUUCCUUGGUACUCGUAUUGUUUUCAGUCAUUACAUAGAUGCUUUAGUUAACCAUACGAGAGCAAAUAUUGAAAGGUAAAAAGAUUUCCCGCCCAAAAUGCACGUACGCGCGUACACAUGCGUCAUUAUGGCGGGAAAAUCGCCAGGUGGCUUGGUUGGUUCUAAGAUUGUGCGAUUUUAUGUACAAGAAACUUGUACGCAAUUUUCACCAAGAAAGAGCUCUUACAAGACUCUCUGACUUGACAAUUUUGUGUCUCAAAUUCCUUCUAAUGUUUCAGAUGUCGUCUGCUUCUGAACACACCAGCAACAUUUCCCUGUUGAGAUCCGUUUUUGUGGAGAACCUUGAUUUAUUAGUAGUGGCAUCAGAAGACAAUAAUAUUUGUAAGUAAAUGCAAUGUUGAGGGUUGGAUGUUUUAAGGGGACCCAUCCCGGGUAAAAUUACUUGAAAUUAAAAACAUUAAAUAAGGCUUGACUAUACUUAAAAGUAUUAUAAUUUCAUUGCUGGCGAAAUUUUUUCAGCAGGGUUGUUUUCGUUGCUUUUGCAUUGUUCUACUUAGAUAAAAGUCCGUUCAGCUGAUUCGUACGUUUUACAGUUCAUUGACUUUAACUGAACACUGAAAAGUCCUCCUAUGAAAGUGACCUUCCUAAUAAAAGAAAAGAAUCACCGUUUCAUUUAUAAACAAGUAGAAUUAUGCUUCCUCGUAAAAUUAAGGAUUGAUAUCACUUGUUUUAUCAGAAGUUGCAGAAUUUUCUGUAACUUUUAAUAACUUUUAAUAACAGACUUUAGUAACAAGCUGUGUCUUUUGUUCGGACAGAUGUGUGGGGCUUUGACGAGGACGCUGUCAACGUUCUGGAAAACAUGAGACCUGCAGACGAAAAUCUUAUUUACAAAUACGCAAUUCUGCUCGGUGAAAAGGCCUUCAAGCCUGUGAAGAAAGAUGUAGAGGUACGUGUUAGCCUUUCACAUCCUUACUUCAGGAUGCAUAUUCUCCAUACUGUUCUGUUUACAUCACCUAAGGUGCUGAUAAGGAGAAUUUCUUUGACAAUCAAGAGCUUUUUCAGUUGGUGAUCAUUUCCUUCAUUCUCAGGACCUUUUGUGUAAUUCAGGGGUUUUAUUGUUAGGAGAAAUUAGAUGCUGGUCAGUCCCAGGAGUUAAAAGGUUAAGAGAUGCACAUCUUCCAUUCGUAAAAUGUAUCAUGGGCAGCUCUAUUUUUUUAUUGCGCAUUAAUCAGUUACGCGACAUACAUAUUAAGAAGUUAAAUCUUAGUUUUGUAAGCAUUUACAGUUUGUCUUCUCACAAUAACUAAAUGACAUAUUCCUUAUUUACCACCCAUAUCUACGUCACCUAGAAUCUUAACAUUACUUGUUGUAUCCUUUGGCGAACUGAACAAAUAAAUUAAUAAGUAGAUAAGUGGUAACAAUAUUUAAAACUUCUCACAUAUUAAGCAGAACUUUUGAUAUUAGUAUUCUUGACCCGCAAAUUGGCUUUCCUUCCCUUCUGAUCAUUUCUUCUUGUUGUGUUCACAUAAUAGGCGUUGAAUCUGUCAGAUAUUCUGUUUUGCUUGUUUGUGUUUGGAUAACUUUUUAAGAGCCUGUUUCCAAAUAAUUACUUACUCUGUCUAACUAUGUGUCAUGUUUAUUAACAGGGCUCUAAGGAGCACGAUUCAGUAACCAAUAGGGUGGCAGGAUUCAUUUGUAAACACGUGUUCACAGAACAUUCCAGCUGCGUAACCGGGCUGGCUGUUGUGGGGAGAGAGGCUGGGUACAAUACAACAUACUUGGUGAGAUUCAUUUUGUUGUAACCGUUGAUUAAAGUUAGGGCUUUAAGCAAUCCUCAAGAUUAUUUUCCGAUCUAUUCAAGAUAGCAUUCUUGAACGACAGUUUUGUUACACAGCGGGGCGCCACUGAGAGAGAGAAUAUUCUUGAACAGCGGAACCAUGUUCGAGGCGUUCAGUUAGUAAAUAUAAAAGUGAGCUCGAUGGGCAUAAUGUUAACAGCUGAGCGAUAAAAGGCGCGAGGUUUUCGGUCAGAUUGAAAAAAAAAAAUUUGGGAUGAGUCGUGUAACGAUCAAUCAUUGAGGUGUACCAGAUUCUGGUCUACUGAAACAAUCUUUUGUCAAAAAGUUUCACAGGCGUAUAUUAUGCGACUCAAUCUAAACCUCCUUACAUUUUUCACCUUGCCACUUCUAUUGCACCGUUUUACUCUCGUUUUAUCAACUGAACGCCUGAAACAGGCUAAAGUACUGAUGAAGUAGGAACUUAUGCACUUGAGCACUGUAACAAUUCAGUUUAGUUUUUACCUUUUCUUCGUCUUUCAGCUUAGUGCCGGCUGGGAUCGACGGAUCUUCUUGUGGGACCUGGAAGCAUCAUGGUAAGACUCGUGAAAUAUGUUCACAUCAUUCAAUAUUCCCUUAUGUUUAGAACUUCUAACCCUAAAAUUAUUCCAAAAUAACUCACUUAAUGCUUAUACCUAACUUAUACCUACUUGUCAAGAUUAACAAGCUAUUUGCUGUCGUCCUAGCAUUUUUCUUUGAAAGCUAUCAACAUGAUGUAAAACGAAAUUUUACGUUGCAUUUUGUUUAGUUUUCACGACACAUUCCGCAACACUGAUCCCAGCGCCCUUGAGAGCGAUGAGCUGGCCUCCGAUGGUAUCAUUAUGGACCUAACGUACAGCGCUGAAAGGUAUGACUUGGUAUUCAACGCUUAAUUCAGUAAACGGCAAACUUUCAUUUGAAGAGAGGAGUCGGUCUUAUCUUGCAGUACCUCAAGCUACCUCGGUGACUCUCGGGGACUGGAUGAUUUAGUGUUAUCGAUUGAGUUUAUAACGUAGAUUGGCCACCAGGGAUUGGGGCGAGGAACCGGCUGACAUAUUACGCUGGAAAGGAAAGAAGGAGAAAUGUUGGGUUUUCACUGUUGCACUGGACCCCAAUUGAUAGGCCUAAGUUCCAGGCCAAAAGAGUGUCAAAAUAUUGUAAUUUUAGAUUAGAACUACAAAUUGUCAGCUGUCAGCGGAACAUGGCAAGGGUAAGGUAUAAUGAGUAAUUGCAAAAAAUUGUACCCCCCCCUAGAGGAGGAAAGAGGACUAACGGGGAGGCAAAGAGGCGCUUUCGAACCGCCUCUAUAAGUGUUAGGGACAUCUUAGAAGAACUCUUUUUUGAUGAAACCCUUGGGCAGUUUUGGACAACAGCUUUUUUGCGCAUAUCAAGUUCUUUGUAUCCAUGUUAUUCUGCCCUCUGUAGAAAUGAGUUCGCUUAUGCUUCGUCUGACAAGUUGGUGUACAUUAGACAGUUCUCUGACCGCGGUGCAGAAAUGACUUUGUCAGCGGUGUUACAGGGCCAUGAGGCUGAAGUUACACAGGUGAGAACGCUUCAAUCCACACUCGUUGCCAGGUUCCUCUCGGUCUUGGCGUUUAUUCCAAUGGUGUAUUCAGGGUACGGGUUUAGUUUUUAUGAACAUGCAUCGCGUAAUGAUUUCCAACACGUAUCAUUUGCUUCUUAACUAUAUUUAAUCUUUUUGCAGAAAAAAAAUUUAUGUAGUAUAGUUAUUCGAGUCAUCAAGCUGCUAAGCGUUUACGACGACAUUAUUUGUGUGAUCAAGAAUUUUUUACUUGUCGAAAGGUUCGCUGGAAUGCUGUGUUGAGCAAAUGGAUCACGGGCUCAGAAGAUGGAACUAUUCGUAUCUGGGUAAGGUCAUCGUGUACUGUGUGACUGACAUCUUGAAACUGUAUAUUUUGAAGCAGGUGCAAUGGAGCACCAGUAAGUGUGUAAGGAAUAACCUCUUACUGACCGGGUGUGAGAGCCAUACUGGGUAAUAUUGGCCUGAGGUCGUAGCAGUUUGGACCGAGUGCAGCGAGGUCCGUGACAAACGACUGAGGGCUAAUAUUCUCCAGUACGGCUUGCGCAAGCGAGGUAUGGAAGUGGUUUGAUAUAUGGCACUCGCAAAAAAAAACUUGUUUGAUUUGAAAUUGCCGGCUUUUUGGAGCAAAAAUACACGGCUUAUGACCGUUUCCGUGGAAAAGGUCCGUAUGGCAAAAUCCCGACCAGCUAAGAACCAAUCAGAACGCCGAGAUUUACCUCAGGACUACCUUGCCACAUAAUAAACCAGGGCUAUGACUGAUCUUGAAAACUCGCCCCACUCUCUCUUAAUCAACAAGUCGCGAAAUUAAAUCAAUGGCGACUCGGCAACUGCUUGUGAGGGCUUUUAAAUGUUUUUACUCUGAGUUCUCAUUGGCUGCUAGUGAUAUUUUCCUUUGUGCUGAUUGGCUAUUGCGAUUACUCUGGUUGUGAGAUUAUCAUAGUUCAUCGAAAACCGCUCUGAUUUAUUUGUACUUUUGAUGUUGUUGCUGAUCGCAGAGAGGAGAUGGAAUGGGGUGCGAUGUGGUGCUCACUGCUCAAGGAGCUGUUUCAGCUCUGUGUAUCGACCAAGUGAACGGCUGUAUUGUGGCUGGAGUCCAAGAAAUCAUCAGGUAAAGAUUUCGUGACAUGUAUGACAAAGAUAUCUUGUCAGAGUGGCCGUUCGUUGUCACGCAAACAGGUAAUGGAAACGUGCAAGAAACAUUUUGGAUGUCUUUUUGUAGUGUCGGAACUGUGUCACGCAAACAGGCCAUGAGAGUGUGUGGCGAAUGUUGCAGCAAAAUUACAGGGGCAAAUGCCACCCAAUUUUUUUUGUUUCAUUUCCAGGGUUUAUGAUCCAGACACACGCAAGAUUGUGCAGAAGAAUCUUGGACACAGCGAUUCUGUGCGAUGUAUUAUUCAUAUUCCUGAGAGGAGUCAGGUAUUUAUCGUUUUUUUUUUUACGGUUGUAGUUAUUAGCUUGCUAGGAACUGUAUGGUAUGAUUUUGAGAAUAGGGUACAAACUUCUGGCGUGGAAACGAGGUUAAGAAUUCUUUACCUCAAUUUCAUGGUAUUCAAGCCCCAGACCCCUCGCAUGUCAAAUUUUGAAUGUUCUUGGGUAUGGUUUCAAUUUUUAUUGAUCCGUUACCUUACGUUAUUCUUUCAGUAUAUUUCCGCUUCUUGGGACAAAACUGUAAGGAUAUGGAACGCAUACAAGAAAAGUGAGUUUCUUGGUUUAUGCCAAUUGAUUUCAUUUGUUACCACAUGAAGGCCAAUGCACCUUGGAACCUUGCAAUUACGUUAAAAAAAAAAAAGCAUCGCAUGACAUUUUACUUUAUGGUAACUUUCAGCUCGCAAAAAGCCUGCGAAAGAGAUGACAGACUUUCCUGACUCAAGCAGUGGUAGUUUUUAGUGUUAUCUGAAUGUGGUGAAGAACUAUCCGGGUAAGCCUCCUUUGAGUUCACGUCAACUGGACAGUCCAAUAUCUUUUACAUAAAUUGUUUCUUACAUUAACUGUGUGCGUCCGGACUCAUCUUGUCAGCUUUGUCUUUGAACGCUGGAUAUAGUGUCACGCUGUUUAAGUGUCACGCAAUACUUUUUUGAUCUGACGAUGUAAUGUAUCGCGAAGACUUGUGUUAGGCAAAUGUUUAAAAUAUCUCUUCCUUUGUAUACGUAACGCCGUAAGGGUGGAAUGAGAGAAAAGGUGUAUAAAAUUUUCAUAUAUUUCCAUGUAUAAAAUUAAGAAAAACUUUAAUGAUAUAUACAUAUAUUUUAUUGUAAGAUUAAUUUGAAUGCGGUAUUUAUGGCUUAAAAUUUCUCCAUAUGUGGAAGAAUAAAGGC